AACUAGCUACGUUUACUACAAUGAAAUUUGCUUUGCUUUCUGCUUCUCGCCUGCCAGCCAUGGCUCGCUCUUUCUCUUCGUCUGCUGCUGCAUCAAAGGCAAAGUCGAUUGGUUUCAUUGGCUUGGGAAUGAUGGGUUAUCCCAUGGCCACCAACAUUCUCAACAAGUUGGCACCGGAAUCCUUCACUAUUCUCGAUGCCAUGCCUGCCACUAUGACUAAAUUCAAGGCUGAACAUCCCAUGGGUAGCAAAGUCCACAUUGCAUCUACUCCAAAGGAAGUUGCAGAGCGCAGUCAGGUUAUUAUUACUAUGUUGCCUACUGCCAAUCAUGUUCGCACUGUUUUCUUGGGAGAGAACGGUCUUUCUUCUGGUGUUCAGAAAGGUGCACUUUUGAUGGAUUCGUCCACCAUUGACCCCACCACUGCCAAGGAUCUUGCCAAGGCCUUUGGUUCAAAGGGUGCUAUUGCCAUGGACACGCCUGUUUCUGGAGGCACUCCUGGUGCUACCAACGGUACUCUUACAUUCAUGGUGGGCGCUAGCACACCCGAGAUCUUUGAACAGGCAAAGCCUUUCCUUGAUGGUAUGGGCAAAAACAUUGUCAACUGUGGCGGUAAUGGUAAUGGUCAGAUUGCCAAGAUCUGCAACAACAUGAUGCUUGGUAUUUCCAUGAUUGGUGUUGCAGAAACCAUGAACUUGGGUAUCCGCAUGGGCAUGGAUCCCAAGAUGCUUGCCGGUAUCUUGAACACAUCUACUGGUCGUUGCUGGGCCACUGAUACCUACAACCCUGUUCCAGGUGUUAUCCCAGGUGUUCCCUCCAGCAAAGACUAUGAAGGCGGUUUCUCCCUCGCUUUGAUUACCAAAGAUCUUGGUCUUGCUUCAGCCGUUGCUACCGAAAGCAAGAGCAGCAUUGUUAUGGGUGCCAUUGCACAACAGAUCUACAACCAAGUCUUGGCCACUCCUGGGUUCGAGAAGAAAGACUUUUCAUCCGUAUUCAAGUGGCUCAAUGACAACGUCAAGCGUUACUGAAUUUAAUAUUUUGGCAUUAUUCAACCCUUCACUUCAUUGGUUUUAUUGUCAUUGAAAUAAAUGAGUUCAUGUGAGUUUUAUCUUUACC